GUGCGCACGCCGGCGGAGCUAGGAUCUGGCUGCUCGGUGCGCGGCGACGGUGAGCGAGGCCUGCUGAGCGCCGCCUCGGUGCGGUGUGGCUUCGUCGAGAAAUCAUGACCACUCCAGGAAAAGAAAAUUUUCGCCUAAAAAGUUACAAGAACAAAUCUCUGAAUCCUGAUGAGAUGCGCAGGAGGAGGGAGGAGGAAGGACUGCAGUUAAGGAAGCAGAAAAGAGAAGAGCAAUUAUUCAAACGAAGAAAUGUUGCUACAGCAGAAGAAGAAACAGAAGAAGAAGUUAUGUCAGAUGGGGGCUUUCACGAAGCCCAGACUAAUAACAUGGAGAUGGCACCAGGUGGUGUCAUUACUUCUGACAUGAUUGAAAUGAUAUUUUCCAAUAGUCCAGAACAACAGCUUUCUGCAACACAGAAAUUCAGAAAAUUGCUUUCAAAAGAACCUAAUCCUCCUAUUGAUGAAGUAAUCAGCACACCAGGAGUUGUGGCCAGGUUUGUGGAGUUCCUCAAACGCAAAGAGAAUUGUACUCUGCAGUUUGAAUCAGCUUGGGUACUGACAAAUAUUGCUUCAGGAAAUUCUCUUCAGACCCGGAUUGUAAUUCAGGCAGGAGCAGUACCCAUCUUCAUAGAGUUGCUCAGCUCAGAGUUUGAAGAUGUCCAGGAACAGGCAGUCUGGGCUCUUGGCAACAUUGCUGGAGAUAGUACCAUGUGCCGGGACUAUGUAUUAGACUGCAAUAUCCUCCCCCCUCUUUUGCAGUUAUUUUCAAAGCAAAAUCGCUUGACUAUGACACGGAAUGCAGUAUGGGCGUUAUCUAAUCUCUGUAGAGGGAAAAGUCCACCUCCAGAAUUUGCAAAGGUUUCUCCCUGCCUGAAUGUCCUUUCCUGGUUGCUGUUUGUGAGUGAUACCGAUGUACUGGCUGAUGCUUGUUGGGCCCUUUCCUAUCUAUCAGAUGGCCCCAACGAUAAGAUCCAAGCAGUCAUCGAUGCAGGAGUAUGCAGGAGGCUUGUGGAGCUAUUGAUGCAUAAUGAUUAUAAAGUGGUUUCUCCUGCUUUACGGGCUGUGGGAAACAUUGUCACAGGCGAUGAUAUUCAGACACAGGUAAUUUUGAAUUGCUCAGCUCUUCAGAGUUUAUUACAUUUGCUCAGUAGCCCAAAGGAAUCGAUCAAAAAGGAAGCAUGUUGGACAAUAUCUAAUAUCACUGCUGGAAAUAGGGCCCAGAUCCAGACUGUGAUAGAUGCCAACAUUUUCCCAGCACUUAUUAGUAUAUUGCAAACUGCUGAGUUUCGGACAAGAAAAGAAGCUGCUUGGGCCGUCACAAAUGCGACCUCUGGAGGGUCAGCGGAACAGAUCAAGUACUUGGUAGAACUGGGUUGCAUCAAGCCGCUUUGUGAUCUCCUCACAGUCAUGGACUCCAAGAUUGUACAGGUUGCCCUUAAUGGCUUAGAAAACAUCCUGAGGCUUGGAGAACAAGAAGCCAAAAGAAAUGGCACUGGCAUUAACCCCUAUUGUGCUUUGAUUGAAGAAGCUUAUGGUCUAGAUAAAAUUGAAUUUCUACAGAGUCAUGAAAACCAGGAGAUCUACCAGAAGGCCUUUGAUCUUAUUGAGCAUUACUUUGGGACCGAAGAUGAGGACAGCAGCAUUGCACCCCAGGUUGACCUUAGCCAGCAGCAGUACAUCUUCCAGCAGUGUGAGGCUCCUAUGGAAGGUUUCCAGCUUUGAAGCAAUAUUCUGUUUUCCUGUUCCUGUGUCACACCAGGCUACCCAGUUGAGUCCUCUUGUGGAGCCCAAAGUCCUCAUGGAGCUAAUUUCUCAAAUGUUUUCCAUAAUACUGUUUGCGCUCGUUUGCUUGCCUUGCGCACCUGCUCUCUUACACACAUCUGGAAAACCUCUGGCUCUCUAUGGUGGAAUACCCUUGUAAUAGAAGGGUAACCAGAACGGCCCACUCAUGGAAAAAUCCCUAAGCUUUGGAGAUCCGCAUUUAUAUUAGAGUCAUGGGAAUAUACACAUAUUAAUGUGGCUCCCUUUUUUGUGGGGGAAAAAAGAGGACUCCUCCUCAUUCCCUUUAAGUGGGGAAAACUAAUGACAUUAAAAGAUAAAACUAAACCUUUAUCUUGGAUUUCACACAACUACUUGCAACAAGGGAGAUGUUUAGACUUGUGUAUACUUCUGAGUACCUUUCAUGAGUUCUUCCACAGUGAACCCUUGGAUUACCUGGUGGCAUUUUCUAGCCAGAUUUGCAUUAAUCCUUCCUGAUACCGGAUGGUUUUCUUUACUCUAUUGGAGCCAUUCUUCAGGUGUUAAAGUUAAACCAUCCACUCCCUCACCUUCAGCCUUCAGUGAAUGUGCUUUCUAGUUGUCAGGAAUGCUGAAGAAGUAACACUUUGACUCUCACACGUGAUACUGGCUUGCAGAUUCCCUAAAAUCCGAACGGGGAGGAGCACAUAGUAAUUUCUAUGGUUUUUUGCUUCUCUUGGGUUUUCUGUAUCUUAGUUUUGGAAGUGGUUCAGUUCCAAUGCUGGUAUGAAGAUUUAAAGUCCUUAUUGAAACCAUAUCCUGUAAUUCAAUAAAAAGAGUAAGAAGAAAACCAGACCCUUCACUUUCCCCAGAUUCUACCAGUGUGACUAGAGGUUAUGUUUCUGCAUUAUAACAGAUGUUCAGGCUUUGUGGUCCUGACCAAGGUCCUUGGUAAAUUGGAGUUCACCUUAGGUGCUUUUCCUCUUUGUGACUGGCAGGUAACAUGUUUUAAAGGUAACUGAGGGAUUUUCUUCCUUGGUCAUGUGCAACUUGGUCCUGGUGUAUCCAUGAUCUUUGUAAUGUAGCAUCUUCCUCUUCAAUAUGACCUGCUAAACAAUCAGGGCAGUGGUCUUUUUCUGAUAACCUCAGUGCCCCCUAGUCAUUUUAUUUCAUCUCCUCCUAGCGCCCUACCUCCCCCUAGUCAAAAGUGUCCACCUCCUGGCGCACUUAAUGAUGACUGCAAUCUGUACCUGCAAGUGGCGCUUCCAGUGCUGUGUUCGCUGAUCCACACUUGUGCUUGGACUAGAACGGGAAAGAAAAAAAUUAAUUGCCAAGAGAACUGCAAAUGAGUUCAAUACGACUUCUUGGUGCUAGUUGGCCAUCUUGGCUCAAUGUUGGGACACAAUAUCAGAGAAGAUUUUUUUUGAUGCUGUUCCGUUCAAAGUGAAUUCUGAAGGAAGAGUUGCUCCAUUCUGUUUCAGAGUAUACCCUUUAAAACCUCUUCUAGAAUUCUUUAUAACCCCAAAGUGUAAAACUAUUUGGAAGUUGCCCCUGACAAGCUAUUACACAUCUCUGGCAAAUCCUGCUGAAUGGAAGGAUAUUCAGAGCUUUCAUACCUCAUCGUGAUGUUAUUUACGCAGCCAACUUAUAUGACCUGAUUUACUUUUAAAAAUCCACCUCUCUCAAAUUAGAAAGAUUCAGAGACAAAGGACAUUGAUCAGCCAAGAGUGUGAUGCGUUCCUCGCCUCUAGUCUCUAAUUGUUUCUGUGCUCUGAGAUGGAUACCGUCUGAUGUCUGUUGUUGAUGGAGCAGCCACUACAAAAACUAGUCCACUCCCGUCUGUCCUGUUAACUUUCUAGUGCUGCUUUGUGCUGAGAGACCUGUUAGUUUACUGCACUUGACUUGUACAAGACUGAUUCUUUGUAAUUUUAGGACAAAUUAGGUAGUUAAUUUAAAGAACUUUCAAUGUUGCCUUUACAUCACAUAAAAAUACAUCUUCUUUCAGAAGGGUAAUAGAAGCACUGAUUCAUAGUAAAACUUUUGUUUUUAGCUUUGAUCUUUUUGUGGCUGAUUUUUUUUAAUUGUAAAUUACUGGUAAUACGCUAUUUCUAUAGAAUGUUUUAAAUUAUGUACCUUCUAUUGGAUAGAUAAAAUCUUACCAUCUUAUAAACCAGUUUGAAUGGAGAGAAAUAUUAAGCACACAGAGUUGUCUCCCUAUGUUAGUGAGAGCAUACAGUUAGAAUUUUUGCUAGCAAUUUAAGGUGUGUCAAUGAAUUAAAAUCCAUUUAAACAGCCUCAUCUAUUUUGUCUCAAAUGGAAGAAUUUUUCUUGCUCCUAACCCUAGAACUUCAUGAACCCUAGUAUCUGAACUUGAACUUUUAAAUAAUGAUUUUUAAAAUGUAAAGUUGGAAUUGGCUUAAGUUAAAUCACAGCAUAAUUCAGAUGUCCUGGAGCUCAACAUUGAUAAAGCAGACUUUUUUCAACAAAAAAAGACACAAAACUACAUUAGAAGUGGCUUUUUUUUUUGGCUUCUUUUUUUUUGUUUGUUUUGUUUUCUGAGGUAAGGUCUCUAGCUCAGCCUGACCUGGAAUUCACUCUGUAUUCUCAGACUGGCCUUGAACUCACGGUGAUCCUCCUACCUCUGCCUCCCAAGUGCUAGGAUUAAAGGCAUGUGCCACCACUCCUGGCUCAGAAGUGGCAUUUUUAGGGAGAAACUGCAAAACCUAUUUUAUUCUUUUGCCUGGUAGAAUCUACUAAUUUACUGUCAAACUAUUGAAUAUUUUCAUCAGAAAGAUGUUACUCAUAAAAGGAAAUUAAUUAAAACAGGUAAAUUCUGGUGGUUUUUGUAUACUGAUCAGGGAGAAAGUGGAUUUUUCUAUUUGUUUUUCUUCUUUCUGUCUGUCUUUUUUGUUGUUGUUUGUUUUUCGGGGUAGGGUCUUGUUCUAGCCCAGGCUGAUCUGGAAUUCACUAUGAAGUCUCAGGUUGGCUUUGAACUCAUGGCAAUCCUCCUACCUCUGCCUCCCGAGUGCUGGGAUUAAAGGCACAUACCACCACACCUGGUUUUCUUUUGUAAUCCCUUCCUCCAAACUUAAAUUCUUUGCACAGUAAACACAGCAUUCAGAAGAUUUAAAACGUAAAGGUACCUGGUAUUUCAAUGACUAGCUGGUAAAUAUGGUUGGGUGGAGAAAUGCCACAGAAGGUAAAGAUAAUGGCAAUGCAGGAAAGAGAAGACAGAGUUCCCUGUGGAACACUGUAUGUCCCUAAUCAAGUCCAUUUUUGUAUUGCCUUCAACAGCAGUGCUAUUUUGGAAACUGUUGUCCCAGGGUUUUUUUUUUCCUUCCAGAUAAAGUUGAUGAAUGGGCUUGUGGGUGGUUUUCACCCUUACUGUCUCAGAAGAAAAAUUAGCACCUAUCCCAUAAUAAAUCUGAAUUAUUCCAAGUUGCUGCUGUUUAUGCCUACAAAAAAAUCUGUGAGUAUAUCAAUUAAACUGUCAACCAAGACUCUCUGUUGUACAUGACCACCUACUGGCAACUUUGAUUUUAUUUCUCUAGUGUUCAAUAAACAUUUCAGCUGUUUGAGUCCCAAACUUGGGGCUGCAUUGUAAACAA